AUGUACAGGGCUAAGAGGGCUGCUUCGCUCAAAGCAAAGCGCCGCGUUGGCAAGUAUGAGCUCGGACGCACCAUUGGGGAAGGAAAAUUUGCAAAGGUCCGGAUCGCCAAGAACAUGGAGAACUGGGAUCAUGUUGCUAUCAAAAUUCUUGACAAGGCAAAGGUUCACAAGAACAAACUAGCUGAACAGGUGAUGGGAAGUAAAACAAGGAUUUACAUUGUGCUGGAGUUUGUUAUGGGUGGAGAGCUCCAUGAUAUCAUUGUAAGCACUGUUGUAUCAUUGCCAAUGCUUCCUCUGUCAUUUGACCUUAUUCUUUUCUCAUCAAUGAUAAUUUAUAUAGCAUGCUAG